CAGCGGCGGGUGGUCGUCGUCGCGUGUGCAACUCGGUCAAAACAAAGCGGCGGCGCGCACGGGAGCGAGCAUAGUCGCGUGCUUCAUGAAUGAGUCCGCCGCCGUCGUCGUCGUCGUCGUCAUCAUCAUCAUCAUCGUUUACCGGAAUUACCACCGGAGCCUCCAUCCGCCGGAUGCCCGGCCGGGAGCUCACAUCGUCGGCUAGCCAGAGCAGAGGCGUCCCCCCGAUGAGAAGCGACCUUGCGUCGGCGCCACAGCAACCGGAACCGGGCGACAGGAAGACGGAACGAUGCUGGAUGGACUCAGGCGAAGGCACGCCUCCCGCUCCUCCCCCCGGCCCCUCUCCCUCAACUUCAGCACCUUCUCGGCCCCUCCCCCGAGCCCGGACUUGGACAGCAGCAAUGAGCAUCCAAUCAGGAGGACUCUGCACCGGCUCAAGCUGAUGAGCUCGCCCAGCCUCAGCGACCUGGGCAAGAGCGAGAAGGGUUCACCGGAGGACAGGGGGGAGAAACAGAAGCGGGCCGGCGCCAACGCCACCUGGAACAGUAUCCACAACGCCGUCAUCGCAGUCUUCCAGAAGAAAGGUUUGGCUGACAACGAACUUUACGCUCUCAACGAAGGCGUCAGGCACCUGCUGAAGACCGAGCUGGGGUCCUUCUUCACGGAGUACCUUCAGAACCAGCUGCUGACAAAAGGCAUGGUCAUCCUGAGGGACAAGAUAAGAUUCUACGAAGGCCAGAAGUUGCUGGACUCUCUGGCGGAGACGUGGGACUUCUUCUUCUGCGACGUGCUCUCCAUGCUGCAGGCCAUCUUCCACCCGGUGCAGGGGAAGGAGCCCUCGGUCCGUCAGCUGGCCCUGCUCCACUUCCGGAGCACCAUCGUCCUGAGCGUGAAGCUGGAGGACGCCUUGUCUCGACCCCGAGCCAGAGUGCCGCCGUCUGUCACGCAGAUGCUGCUCGUCCUGCAGGGAGUCCACGAGUCGCGUGGCGUGAACGAGGACUACCUGAGGCUGGAAUCUCUGGUCCAGAAAGUGGUCUCUCCCUACCUGGGCACACACGGACUUUACUCCGGAGACCAGAGCGAGGACCACUGCUGUGUUCUAGAGAGGCGCCUCCAGUGGGGCUGGUCCAAGUCUGCCGAGCAGCUCUCCAAGAACCCGGUGGUACGGUCCAAGAGCUACAACAUCCCUCUGCUGCUGACCCCGGUGGCGGAGUACGACCCCGACGGCGGCUCCGCCGGCAGCGGCGGGAUCCGGCGUCACUCGGCCUGUGAGAUGAUUUCCUGUCUGGAGGAGCAAACGUUGACCUACGCCGGGCUCUCCGGCUCCGCCUCCAACAGGCUCUGCGUGGGCUCGCAGUAUAAAGGCGCCGCCUCCUCCGACCUGCCGCUGUCCUCGCCGUCCAUCCUCGCGCUGCGCUCGUCCGGAGCGCUGCACGGCACCGAGGCCACGACCACCAUGACCGACCUGGGCAAGGCGGCGUCCUGCACGCCGCCCAGCGAGUCGUCCAGCCCAGACACCAUCAUCGGACAGGUGCUCGAGUCCACCGACUCCGACUCAGACGGGAUAUUUAUUGAUUUUCCUUCUCGUUCCUCGGAGGCUCUGGGCUACGCUCGCGAAGGCAGGCAGAGCACCGUGUAGCUAAACACACACACACACACACACACACACACACACACACACACACACACACACACACACACACACACACACACACACACACACACACACACACACUUGUAUUUCUUACCUUCUUGGGACCUCCGAAUAAUGCCUCCCUCUUUAGGACCAGCCUUUCUAGAUAUAUACAGAUUAGUAUUUACAACAUUAAUAAUAUAUACAUACUAUGCAAAUAUAAAAAAAGCUUGUUGUGAAAAAUGAGUUGGAAUUUCACAAGAAACAGGUCACAAUUUCACAAGAAAAACUUAGAAAUUUGGCAGUAUUAUAAUAAAAGUCCUAAUUUUACUCAACGCAAGUCAAGAUUUUACAAGCAAAACUGAACAAUUAUGAUAAAAGUUGGAAUUCUACUCAAUAACAGUCACAAUUUUACAAAAAAAAAGCUUAAUUAAAUUUUGGCAAUUUUAUGAAAAGAGUCGUAAUUUUACCCGACAAGUCACAAUUUUAUCAGAAAACUUUUAAAUUUUGGCAAUAUCAUAAUAAUACUAUUAAUAAAAUAAAACUAAAAGCAAAAUAAAAUAAACAUAUAUACGUAAUACUUACAUAAUAUGUACAGUAUAGGAUAUAUACUGAUAUAUGUAUAUUUUACAUGAACAACUAAAAAAUUGGCAAUAUUGUGAUGAAAGUAAAAAUUUAUAUGACAUAUGUCACCAUUUUGCAUUAAAAAGUAAUAAUUUUACAUUAAAAAGUAGUCAUUUUACGAGAAAAUAUUGCAGUAUUACAGAAACAGAAAGAAUAUGAGAAAUUGUUCCCAAUUUUAUAAGAAAAAAGUCGACACAUUGUGGGAAAAAGAUUGCUUUUAGUUAUUUUUUUUGUUUGUAAUUGUUUUUUAAUUUUCAUUAUUUACUUUAUGUUAUUACAGUAUGUCUCUAUAUACAUAUUUAUUUUUAUUAUUUUUAUUUUUAUUUUUAUUUUGGCCAAAGGGGGC